CACGUGACUGCCGGCGCGCUCCGCAAUUGGCUCCCCUCGUCUCACUCUAGGCUUUGGCGCCGAGCAGGCCCCGCCCCCCAUGGGCGCGACCAUAGUCCCGGCGUACGGAGGUGGUACAGGCCAGCCUGUCGAGCAAGGCUCCUCCGAGUCCAGCUCCCAACUGAUUCUCAGUCAACAAGGCAGUAUAAAAUAAAUUGUGAGGUUAAAUCCCGCUUAGAGGGCCGCGGGAGUGUGGUCUUUUCGACGCCACAGAGCGGGGCUGGAGUGCUGACUCCCCUUGCGAUCUACAUCAAUUCCAGAGUGGUUCCUUCGGCGCGCGGGCUCCGCCUCCGCGGCCGCCGCCAUUUUAUUUGACCACAGGGGGAGCGAGCGGGAGCGAUCGGAACCCAGUGAGAGGGGCCGGUCUGCGUCUCUCCUGACCCUGCCGCCGCGCUGUUGCGGUUCUGAGGUGAAGCUUUCCUCCUGCGGAGGGGCGCGGAGCCAUGUACAUCAAGCAGGUGAUUAUCCAGGGCUUCCGAAGUUACCGAGAUCAAACAAUUGUAGAUCCCUUCAGUUCAAAACAUAAUGUUAUUGUGGGCAGAAAUGGAUCUGGAAAAAGCAACUUUUUUUAUGCAAUCCAGUUUGUUCUCAGUGAUGAAUUUAGUCAUCUUCGUCCAGAGCAGCGAUUGGCUUUGUUGCACAUUGAUAAAGAGGAAGUUUCGCUUCGAAGAGUUAUUGGUGCCAAAAAAGAUCAGUAUUUCCUAGAUAAGAAGAUGGUCACGAAAAAUGAUGUGAUGAAUCUCCUUGAAAGUGCUGGGUUUUCGAGAAGUAAUCCUUAUUACAUUGUUAAACAAGGAAAGAUCAACCAAAUGGCAACAGCACCGGAUUCUCAGAGAUUAAAGCUGUUGAGAGAAGUAGCUGGCACUCGAGUGUAUGACGAGCGCAAAGAGGAAAGCAUCUCCCUGAUGAAAGAAACAGAGGGCAAACGGGAAAAGAUCAAUGAGUUGUUAAAAUACAUUGAAGAGCGAUUACAUACUCUAGAGGAGGAGAAGGAGGAACUGGCCCAGUAUCAGAAGUGGGAUAAAAUGAGGCGUGCCCUGGAGUACACCAUCUACAACCAGGAGCUCAACGAGACUCGCGCCAAGCUUGAUGAGCUUUCUGCUAAGCGAGAAACAAGCGGAGAGAAAUCCAGACAAUUAAGAGAUGCCCAGCAGGAUGCAAGAGAUAAAAUGGAGGAUAUUGAGCGCCAAGUUAGAGAACUGAAAACAAAAAUUUCAGCCAUGAAAGAAGAAAAAGAACAGCUCAGUGCGGAGAGACAAGAGCAGAUUAAGCAAAGGACCAAGCUGGAGCUUAAAGCCAAGGACUUACAGGAUGAGCUGGCAGGGAACAGUGAGCAGCGGAAACGUUUAUUAAAAGAAAGACAGAAGCUGCUUGAAAAAAUAGAAGAAAAGCAGAAAGAACUGGCAGAAACAGAACCGAAAUUCAACAGCGUAAAGGAAAAAGAAGAGCGAGGAAUUGCUAGAUUGGCUCAAGCUACACAGGAAAGAACUGAUCUUUAUGCAAAGCAGGGUCGAGGAAGCCAGUUUACAUCAAAAGAAGAAAGAGAUAAGUGGAUUAAGAAGGAACUGAAGUCUUUAGAUCAGGCUAUUAAUGAUAAGAAAAGACAGAUUGCUGCUAUACACAAGGAUUUGGAGGAUACCGAGGCCAAUAAAGAGAAAAAUCUGGAGCAAUAUAAUAAACUGGAUCAGGAUCUCAAUGAAGUCAAAGCUCGAGUUGAAGAACUGGACAGAAAAUAUUAUGAAGUGAAAAAUAAGAAAGAUGAACUACAAAGUGAAAGAAAUUACUUGUGGAGAGAGGAGAAUGCAGAACAGCAAGCACUUGCCGCUAAGAGAGAAGACCUUGAGAAGAAGCAGCAGCUUCUUAGAGCGGCAACAGGAAAGGCCAUUUUAAAUGGAAUCGACAGCAUUAACAAAGUGUUAGACCAUUUCCGGCGGAAGGGUAUAAACCAGCAUGUGCAAAAUGGCUACCAUGGCAUCGUGAUGAAUAACUUUGAGUGCGAACCAGCUUUCUAUACUUGUGUGGAAGUCACUGCCGGUAACAGGUUAUUCUAUCACAUUGUCGAUUCAGAUGAAGUCAGCACGAAGAUCUUAAUGGAGUUCAAUAAAAUGAAUCUUCCUGGAGAGGUGACUUUCCUGCCUCUUAACAAGUUAGAUGUGAGGGACACUGCCUAUCCUGAAACUAACGAUGCUAUUCCUAUGAUCAGUAAGCUGAGGUACAAUCCCAGAUUCGACAAAGCUUUCAAACAUGUGUUUGGAAAGACACUCAUCUGUCGGAGCAUGGAGGUUUCCACUCAGCUAGCUCGUGCCUUCACUAUGGACUGCAUUACUCUGGAAGGUGAUCAAGUCAGCCAUCGAGGUGCUCUGACUGGAGGCUAUUACGACACAAGAAAGUCUCGCCUUGAGUUACAGAAGGAUGUUAGGAAAGCAGAGGAGGAGCUGGGUGAGCUCGAAGCUAAGCUCAAUGAAAACCUGCGCAGAAACAUUGAAAGGAUUAAUAAUGAAAUUGAUCAAUUGAUGAACCAAAUGCAGCAGAUAGAGACCCAACAGAGAAAAUUUAAAGCAUCCAGAGAUAGCAUCUUAUCAGAGAUGAAGAUGCUAAAAGAGAAGAGACAGCAGUCAGAAAAGACCUUCAUGCCAAAGCAACGCAGUUUGCAGAGUCUGGAGGCCAGUCUGCACGCUAUGGAGUCGACCAGAGAGUCGCUGAAGGCAGAGCUAGGGACAGAUUUGCUCUCUCAGCUCAGCCUGGAAGACCAGAAAAGAGUCGACGCACUGAAUGACGAGAUCCGGCAGCUUCAGCAGGAAAACAGACAGCUGCUGAAUGAAAGAAUUAAACUAGAAGGCAUUAUUACUCGAGUAGAGACUUACCUCAAUGAGAAUCUGAGGAAACGUCUGGACCAAGUAGAGCAGGAACUUAAUGAACUGAGAGAGACAGAAGGUGGCACUGUUCUUACUGCCACCACGUCAGAACUUGAAGCUAUUAAUAAAAGAGUGAAAGAUACUAUGGCAAGAUCAGAAGAUUUGGAUAAUUCCAUUGACAAAACAGAAGCUGGAAUUAAAGAGCUCCAGAAAAGCAUGGAGCGCUGGAAGAACAUGGAGAAGGAGCACAUGGAUGCCAUAAAUCACGACACUAAAGAGCUGGAGAAGAUGACCAACCGACAGGGCAUGCUGUUGAAGAAGAAAGAGGAGUGCAUGAAGAAGAUCCGAGAGCUGGGGUCCCUUCCCCAGGAAGCAUUUGAAAAGUACCAGACACUGAGCCUGAAGCAGUUGUUUCGGAAACUUGAGCAGUGCAACACAGAGUUGAAGAAGUACAGCCAUGUCAACAAGAAGGCUCUGGACCAGUUUGUGAAUUUCUCUGAGCAGAAGGAGAAACUGAUAAAGCGACAGGAAGAAUUGGACAGGGGCUACAAGUCAAUCAUGGAGUUGAUGAAUGUACUCGAACUUAGAAAAUAUGAAGCUAUCCAGUUAACCUUCAAACAGGUAUCUAAGAACUUUAGUGAAGUUUUCCAGAAGUUGGUACCUGGGGGAAAAGCGACCUUGGUGAUGAAGAAAGGAGACGUGGAGGGCAGCCAGUCUCAGGACGAAGGAGAGGGGAGCGGCGAGAGCGAGAGGGGCUCUGGGUCACAAAGCAGCGUUCCAUCAGUUGACCAGUUCACAGGAGUCGGGAUCAGGGUAUCAUUUACAGGAAAGCAAGGCGAGAUGAGAGAAAUGCAGCAGCUUUCAGGAGGGCAGAAGUCUCUGGUAGCCCUUGCUCUCAUUUUUGCCAUUCAGAAGUGUGACCCUGCUCCUUUCUACCUGUUUGAUGAGAUCGACCAAGCUUUGGAUGCUCAGCACAGAAAAGCUGUGUCAGAUAUGAUUAUGGAACUAGCUGUACACGCCCAGUUUAUCACUACCACUUUUAGGCCUGAACUGCUUGAGUCUGCUGAUAAAUUCUACGGUGUAAAGUUCAGAAAUAAGGUUAGUCACAUCGACGUGAUCACAGCAGAGAUGGCCAAAGACUUUGUAGAAGACGAUACCACGCAUGGUUAACUGAAAGAUAACGCCUGCCGUCUUGGAAGAUGUGUAUAGUAAUGUGGUCCGUACCUGGGAACUGUAAAUUUUAAAAAUAAUAAUUGGUUAUUACUGAGUUUUUGGAUUUAGAAUACACAGUCCUUUUAUACUUGUCUUUGUAUUUUAUAAGCUCCCCUGUAAUGUUACAUUUCUACGUAUAGUCGAGGAAUUUUAUUUCCUACACGACUUUUUGUAAGUGUCCUCCUAUUUUAAAUCUUUUGAGAUUCUAAAUAUUCCCAAUUAUUUUAUAGCUUCUAUUAAAUAAUUGGUUUGUGACUAACUUAGUGUAAAUGUGGCCUUUUGUCUUUGUAAUUGUUAGAAACAUUCAAUAAAUAUUUUGCAUAAGAA